AUGAAUCCUUUGAAGUGCACAUUUGGGGUGACAGUUGGAAAAUUUCUAGGAUUCCUUAUUCAUCAAAAGGAAAUCGAUAUGGUCCCAUUGAAAGUGAAAGCCAUAGUCACGAUGAAACCCCUAAUAUCAGUCAAAGAAUUGAAGUCCUUUAUAGGAAAGCUCCCUUACAUUCAGAGAUUCAUAUCGGGGUUAGUAGCAGCGAUCACCCCAUUCACUCCAUUAUUAAAGAAAGGCGUGAAGUUUCAAUGGAGCAAUGAACUCCAGUUAGCUUUUCGCAAAUUGCAAGAGAUGAUGACCAACCUACCUACUGUUAGGUCACCAACGCUAAGCGUGCCACUGAAACUGUAUCUUGCCUCAAAUGACAAGGCUGUUGGAGCUUUAAUCGCGCAAGAAGGUGAAGAUGCGCAAAAAUUACGACAUUAUCUUUUAGCCCACAUAAUGCACUUAAUGACGAAGUCCAAUCUGAUAAGGACGCUCUUGCAAAGAUCUUCCAUUUCCACCGGUGGAGGAGCUGGUAUUGUCCUAGCUAAUGGGGAAAAUGAAGCCCUAUCCAUGUCUUUCAAGUUAGACUUUCUUUGUUCUAAUAAUGUGGCGGAAUACGAAGCAUAUCUUACUGGCCUAGUAAUAGCACGAUAA